AAUCCAACCACGAAUGAUUCGUCGGAGGGUCGCUGCUUUCGUCUUCGUACGUUUCCAAGGACAUAGCGAGAGGCGGGACAAUGGCAGCCGCCUGCGUGCGAACGCUGGGUCGCAUUAGCCGGUGUGCAGUUCCGAUCCAGACGCGCAAGACCGGGAAUCUUUCAGUCCACGUUCGGCAGUUCCUAGGACCGAGCAGAUCGUACGGGACAGGCGACGCGGGGUUCCGGUCCCGCAUCUUCUCCGCUGCUCCUUUGCGGGGCGGCAGCAGGAUCCUGUCGUGCGCUUUUCUCUUAGGUUCUGGAAUCGGAUUGUACCAGACUGUCAAACUAUCAUUUCAGCGGCAUCUGGCAGCGCAGGACACGAAUGCUCCUCGUAGGGAACCUAAGUUAACUUUGUACCAGUACAAGACCUGUCCAUUCUGCAGUAAAGUUCGAGCCUUCCUUGACUACUACGGACUUCCAUAUGAAACCGUGGAAGUCAAUCCUGUCAUGCGGCAAGAGAUUAAAUGGUCGCAAUACAGAAAGGUCCCCAUUCUUAUGGUGGAUGGGACACAGCUGAAUGACUCUUCUGUAAUAAUCAGUGCCUUGAAGACUUACUUGGUCAGCACGGAGAAAACAAUCCCUGAAAUCAUCACCUAUUACCCAGAGCUGAAGUCCAAGAAUGAGAAGGGAAAGGAAGUGACUGAGUACUGUAACAAGUACUGGCUGAUGCUGACUGAAGCAGAGUCAGAAAAGCUGUACUUGGAGAAGGACUCCAGAAAGGAAGAGAUGAAGUGGCGUCAGUGGGCAGAUGACUGGCUUGUGCACCUGAUUUCCCCCAAUGUUUACCGUACUCCUCAUGAGGCCCUGGCCUCCUUCGACUACAUAGUGCAUGAAGGCAAAUUCGGCUCCUUUGAAGGUUUUUUUGCCAAGUACUUGGGAGCGGCAGCCAUGUUUCUCAUUUCAAAGAGGCUGAAGAGACGGCACAAUCUGCAGGAUGACGUGCGACAGGACCUGUACACUGCUGUGGACGACUGGAUGUCGGCCAUUGGCAAGAAGAGGCCUUUCAUGGGCGGGGAGAAGCCCAACCUUGCAGACCUGGCCGUGUACGGUGUCCUCCGAGUAAUGGAGGGUCUUCAGGCCUUCGACGACAUGAUGGAAAACACCAAGGUGAAGCAUUGGUAUGGACGAGUGGAGGAAGCCGCCCAGCGGCACAGCAGGCGGAAGUGAUCCUCCCACGUGCAGGUGGCAGGAGCCAAUCCGCAGGACAUUUAUAUAAUUUCGCUCAAAAAAAAUGCACCAAAACAGUCAGGCAGUCCAGGUCAUGGCUGCUAGCUACCGUCUGUUAGUAAAGCCCUAACAGUAGAUGGCUUCAGCGCGAAGAAUAUAUAUAGUAUAAGCAGCCACGCUGCUGUUUUGCCAAGGCAGGAAACAGGACCUGCAACAGUGUUGUCGCCUUUCCCGGAACAUUCUAGCAGUCCUGGCACUCAACCCAUCACUUAUUUAAUUUGGUUACAGGCGAUGUUCAUUUGUUUUUAGUGCUCAGUAUUGGCAAAUGAAUAAUAUCUGAGCCCUCAGUUUAAUCGGCUUGGAUUCCCAGCUGUGCACAAACAACUGACAAGUCUCUCUUUUUUUUUAAUUUUCACUAUGCAGUUACUUGUUUGCUGCUUGCAUUUUCAAAGAGGUCCUUUCUCAGUGUAAUGAAUGAAAAUAUGCUAAAUGUUUACGUGCACUAGACAUGCCAGGCCCCUGGUUGGCUUUAUGCGAGCAGAUUUUUGCACAGACUUAUUCAGUUAUUUUUAUAUAUAUGUAUGUUUAUGUUUGGGUGGGACUCUGUGCUGAAAUCGCUGAUGAUGGUCAGGAGUGUGAAUGACCUGAACUGUAACGUGAACGGGGUCUGGCAGGAAUGAUGCGCGUAGGAUCGUCUUUGUUCAGUGGAGCAGGAUAAAAGGGAAACAAGUUUCUGCUUUUCCAGUCUGAAAUAAGGCAAAACAGCAGCUUGUAGGGAACUGGGAUCCCUACCUGAAUAUGCCAUUCUGGAUUAAACGGCCUCCUUCUGGUUAUUGGAGCUGUAUAAUUCCUUAGCAGAAGAUUGGACUUCAAGAAUAAUACCUGUUUUAGGACAAGAAUAAUAUCUUGUUAGAAAUUUAUGCUGGAUGUGUCUUAAACGAAAAUGGCUGUGAGCGGAUUUUUUUUUUUUUUUUUACUGAAGUGGCUGCUGAAAUUAGUUUAAACUUUUAAGAUUGCAAACGGUUUCUGUUGGUCGAAUCGCACUUAAAGCCUGUCUGAACAGUUUUUACUUAUGAAUAUAAUGAGAUAAUUCAGACAAGUAUUUCAGGAUGUGUGUGAUACUGUGUAAAUGUUUAAAAAAUUAAACUGUGCAUCUUAUCA